CCGCUGGUCCUCAGUCUCCUCCUCCCGGCAUUGGGUUCGCAGUCCCAACACUGGAGAAAACAGAUCUUGGUGGAGACCUACGGGAGCUCGCAGUUCCCGAGUCUUCCCCAGGCUUUGAGGACGUCCCAGGCUCUUUCUUUCGUGCCGCCGCCCUCGGGCCGACUUGGAGGAAGUGAUCUGCAUUCGGGACGGGGAGCCCAGCGCGGGGUGCGUGAGGACCAGAGCGCUGAUUGUCCUGACCGGCUGCGGAGAUCCCUGGCGGGGUCCAGGGCGGCUCGUCCGGGUGGAGUCAGGAUCGGAGGGCUAGGGGCGCGGCGGUCACUCCGGGAGGUCGGGCGGCGAGCGUGACUUCACUGGGAGGGGCCAGCGCGCAGCGGGGGCGCGGAGCCCAGCGCUGAGUCCAGCGCGGAGAACGCAGCCGCGGAGCCGAUAGCAGCGCCGAGAGCGCACACCGUGCCCGGGAUGGAGCGCUACAAAGCCCUGGAGCAGCUGCUGACAGAGCUGGACGACUUCCUUAAGGUCCUCGACCAGGAGAACCUGAGCAGCGCAGCCGUGCUGAAGAAGAGCGGCCUGUCGGAGCUCCUGCGGCUUUACACCAAGAGCAGCAGUUCUGAUGAGGAGUAUAUUUACAUGAACAAAGUGUCAGUCAACAGGGAACAGAGCUCAGCAUCUCCAGACAAAGUUCCCGAGGAGCAGGGUCCACUGACCAAUGGGGAGCCCAGCCAGCAUUCCUCAGCCCCUCAGAAGAGCCUUCCAGACCUCCCUCCGCCCAAGAUGAUUCCAGAGAGGAAACAGCCCACCGUUCCAAAGAUCGAGUCCCCUGAGGGCUACUAUGAAGAAGCUGAGCCAUUUGACAGAUCCAUCACUGGUCAUUAUGGAGCAUAUCUUCCCACUGGAGUCCCCAGAUGGACACGGUUGCCUGAAGGAGUCCUUUAUGCCACGAUCACCUUGGAGGAUGGAGAGGCUGUGAGCAGCUCCUACGAGUCCUACGAUGAGGACGAGAACAGCAAAGGCAAGGCUGCCCCCUACCAGUGGCCCUCGCCAGAGGCCAGCAUUGAGCUGAUGCGUGAUGCCCGCAUCUGUGCCUUCCUGUGGCGCAAGAAGUGGCUAGGCCAGUGGGCCAAGCAGCUCUGUGUGAUCAGGGACACCAGGCUCUUGUGCUACAAAUCGUCCAAAGACCACAGUCCUCAGCUGGACGUGAACCUGCGGGGCAGCAGCGUCGUGCACAAGGAGAAGCAAGUGCGGAAGAAAGGACACAAGCUCAAGAUCACGCCGAUGAACGCUGACGUCAUCGUGCUGGGCCUGCAGAGCAAGGACCAAGCUGAGCAGUGGCUUCGGGUCAUCCAGGAGGUGAGUGGCCUGCCUUCUGAAGGAGCCUCAGAGGGAAACCAGUACACAGCAGAUGCCCAGCGCCUGAACUGUCAGAAACCAGACAUAGCUGAGAAGUACCUGUCAGCAGCGGAGUAUGGGAUCACCAUCAAUGGCCACCCUGAGAUCCCAGAGACCAAAGAUGUCAAGAAGAAAUGCUCUGCUGGCCUCAAGCUGAGCAACCUUAUGAACCUGGGCAGGAAGAAAUCUACCUCGCUGGAGCCCCCGGAGAGAUCCCUAGAGACAUCCAGCUACCUGAAUGUGCUGGUGAACAGUCAGUGGAAGUCACGCUGGUGCUUCGUUAGAGACAGCCACCUGCACUUCUACCAGGACCGGAACCGGAGCAAGGUGGCCCAACAGCCCCUCAGCCUGGUGGGCUGUGACGUGCUUCCAGAUCCUAGCCCCGACCACCUGUAUUCCUUCCGUAUUCUUCACAAUGGCGAGGAGCUAGCCAAGCUUGAGGCCAAGUCUUCAGAGGAGAUGGGCCACUGGCUAGGCCUCCUGCUCUCAGAGUCGGGCUCCAAGACAGACCCGGAAGAGCUCACCUACGACUAUGUGGAUGCUGAGAGGGUUUCCUGUAUUGUGAGUGCGGCCAAAACCUCUCUCUUACUGAUGCAGAGAAAGUUCUCAGAGCCCAACACAUACAUCGAUGGCCUGCCCAGCCGGGAUUGCCAGGACGAUCUGUAUGACGACGUGGAGGUAUCAGAGCUGAUAGCCGUGGUGGAGCCUGCCGAGGACGCCGCCCCUGCUGACGAUGCUAACAGUGGUAGUGAGCUAGACAGAGUAUACCUGGAUCUCACACCGGUCAAGUCCUUCCUGCACAGUAGCAGUGAGGUUCAGGCGCAGGCCUCUCUCCCAGCAGUGCCACAUCAGGACGAUGUAGCUGAGACCCUCACAGUAGACCCAAAGCCAGGCGCCACCCCAGAGGAGCCCCACACAGAGUCUCCAGGAGACCCAGAGGAGCAGCAGAGGCAGCCAGAGGUUCAGGAGUCUUCAGAGCCUAUCGAGCCCAUCCCGAGAAUCACCAUGGUUAAGCUACAGGCCGAGCAGCAGAGAAUCUCCUUUCCAGCCAACUGCCCGGACACCAUGGCUUCUGCCCCCAUCGCUGCCAGCCCACCUGUGAAGGAGAAGCUGAGAGUAACCAGUGCAGAGAUCAAACUUGGGAAGAAUCGGACAGAGGCAGAAGUGAAGCGGUACACGGAGGAAAAGGAGAGGCUGGAGAGGAGCAAGGAGGAGAUCCGAGGGCACUUGGCUCAGCUCCGCAAAGAGAAGCGGGAGCUCAAAGAGACCCUGUUGAGAUGCACAGAUAAGGGGGUCCUGGCCAAGCUGGAGCAGACACUGAAGAAAAUAGACGAGGAAUGCCGGAUGGAGGAGAGCAGGCGUGUGGACCUUGAGCUCAGCAUCAUGGAGGUGAAGGACAACCUGAAGAAGGCAGAGGCUGGGCCCGUGACCCUGGGCACCACUGUGGAUACCACGCACCUGGACAACAUGAGCCCUCGUCCACAGCCCAAAGCUGCCACCCCCACCCCCCCACCAGACUCAACGCCAGUCAACUCUGCAUCUGUGCUCAAGACCAGGCCUCUUUCCGUCAUGGUCACAGGCAAAGGCACUGUCCUGCAGAAAGCCAAGGAAUGGGAGAAGAAAGGAGCCAGUUAGGAGACAAGAAUUGCCUAAAAGACUCUUAUGUGACUGUGGACCUUGGUGACAAUCCUGCUCCGGACAAGUCUUCUUUAAACGGCAACUUUGAGGAAAGGUGAGUCUGUUUCCAAGACCAAGCAAGGGAUGAGGCGCUCGCUGCAAACGGAGCAGCAUCGGUUAAGAGAAGGCCCUGUCUCCUCCUCAAGCCAAAGGGAUCCCAGCAGGAGCAGCGCGGUGGCCUCUUUGGAGUCCCGAAAUCUACUGGCUGUCAAUGAGACAAUGUACCUUCCCUUUUCUUUUUAAAGAUUUCGUCCAUCACUCAACUGUUUUACCAAGAUUUUUCAGGUGUGAAAAAAAUUGACCACAUUGCUUCUGGUUAUGAGAAAAAUCUAAAUUCCUGACCCCCUCAUCUUUCAUCCUGUAUUUGGCCAUGUUGAGGUUUAAAUCAUGCAUUGCCUUCAUGUUUGUCCAAGUUGGGUGGGCUCUGAUGGUCUUCAAGAACAUUAGAACCCUGGAAUCAGUAGAAGAGGGACAUAUUGGGAACCAAGCCAAGGCACUGACCCCCUAGGGGUCACUAAGGACUUCCCCCCAGUCCAGGAAAACUUUAAACAAUGCUGUAUUAUAGAGGGGGAAGAUUCCUGUGUUUACAGACGGUCCUGUGGCCAGGCCACUUUUAAAGAAAAGAGUUGGUCAAUUACCUCUUCAUUACCAUUGUAAAGAUGUUUUAAAUUUCUGGUCCCCUUGUGAGGAAAACAGCCGUGAAUUAGAGUAGCCUGUCUAGUCUGUCAGACUGGCAGUCAGUGCUGUCUUUAUGUGCUGUCUCUCUGGGACAGCACUAGCACACGUGGAUACAUUUCAUCUGUUACCUGCCCCAUUUCUGAGCAUUUGGAACUAGUUACCUAACACUGGUUUCUGAAGGCUAAAUGUUUUUACACAUAUAUUAUUGUCUUUCUAAUCCCAGGGCAUUUAUUUCCUGUAUCAUAAACACUUGGUGACCUUUAUCAAGUGCUGAGUUAGAAUUUUUUUUUUUUAAAUAAAAUGUUCGUUGUAUUUUGAGUUUCCCUUGUAUUUCAUGG